AUGCAGUUCAACGCUGUUGUCCUCGCCCUUGCCGCCUUCGCCUCCGUUGCAAUGGCUGCUCCGAAGGCAGACCACCCCUUCCCUAAAAUUGAUGAGGUGGAAAAACUGUUCCCUGGCGCCAAAGCGAGCUUCAACAACAUGGCUGCCGGCCAGCUCAAGGAGAGGGCUAUCAGCGGCUGUCUAUAUCAUGGCAAGGACACGUGCAUCCAGUGCAAUGCUACCUGCUGUGGGUUUGAUCAAGUUUAA